GCAGAACGGCAGAACACCUUAGCGUAUAUUUACGAUUUCGCGUGAAUAAGGUAGGACGAGUUCUCGAAGAUGCAAAAGACGAAAAAGAAAAGCAAAUCGCAGCAACGACCUUCUUCAGCAACAACCAUUGCCGACUAUGCGGAAUCGCCGACGGAUGAGGUCGAUGAGGAUGUGGAAGAAGGCAAGGACUUUGGCAUCCUCAUAAACGCGCCGCUCUCGAAAGGUGGGCAUUUCGUCUUUAAGUCGGAGAAAGCCUGGACCAUCGACUCGUCGCAAUAUUCAGAGUUCUUCACUUUGAACCUGAAAGCGCUGUCAGCCGCGAUCGACUGCGUUCCAUUCAAGGAGUAUGUUGAUGUGACUGAUAAAUACUUUGUAAGCGAUCAAUUGACAAGUAUGUUUAAUGAUGCUGAGAAAGGCAAGGCAGCUUAUAACAUGAUUUUAAAUGAUCUAAGUGCAUCGAAUUUAUCAGACACCAAAGGUGGAAGCAAGGAGAACACGAGAAUUGAUCAAUCGCAAAAUGUGGAUUCGAUAACGAAUGUGAAAUCAGAAGACAGUAUUGACGACUUAGAGGAAGAUUUAGAUUUUUUGUUAUCCCUAAAGGAACCUGUUCAAAGCACUGUAAUCUCACAGCCUGUGAUAGGAAUCUCACUAUCUACAUCUCAUAAUACUGAUUCUAAAACGAAGUUGAAGAGUGUUCCAAAUAAGCCUAUUGAUUUAGAAAAAUGGUUAGAUUCUGUUUUAGACGAUUAA